AUGGCGGAAUUUUCUUCACUCAACUUACUGAUAAUUUCCCCUUUUUCCUCCGCCCAAAAUCUGCCGCCCAGCGAUGAUGACCUGUACGGCGCAGAUCUGCACCUCGUCAGGAGCAGAGCGUUUCUCGACCUGAACAUCGAGCGGAAAAACCUACCGAGGGGCUUCCUCGGGAAUGCGCAAGAAAUUUUCCCGCAUGACAGCCAGUGGCGGCGGCGGCGGAGGCGGAGGUCGACGGCGGGGGCUGCUCCCGUCUUCCUGCGGCGGACGCGGACCUGGCCGAUGCAGGUGACCUUCGGGGAGGACGGCUCCUGGGCGGCCUCGAUGGCGCCGCCGGGGGGCCGCCGCCUGCUGCGGAGGUGGAAGAUGGGGCUCGAGCGGGACCUGCCUCGGCUGCGGCUGCCGGGGUUGGUCCGCAGGAUCCUCAUUAACGGCGGGGGGAACUUCUCGGCCCGGCCCGGGCUGGAUAGUGGUUUUGAUAGAGCUCUCAUUUUUUUUGGGUGGCUCCGGCGGAUUGGGCGGUGGCGCUCGGCCGCAGCGACGUAA